CAUCCCCCCCCCUCCCGUGCACUUGGUGGCGUGCCAACCACCCCUCCACGAAGCCUCUCCCCUUGGUAACGGUUCAGGUUGAGGUUGAGAGCUCGUUCCCAGUAAUGGCGGCACUUGGUGGGCGGCGGGCGUGUCGUCCUGGAUGCGACUCAAGUCCCAAGUCAACGAGCAAGGGCCCCCUCAUUGAGGCGCGCUGGCGGGGUGAAUGUGCCUGCCAACAGCACUGGCAGGCGCCUGCUAUCCCCAAACCUCCAGACUGCCUGCCCGGACAACGCCUGGACAACGCCUGGACAACACCUGGACAACACCUGGACAACACCUGGACAACACCUGGACAACACCUGGACAACACCUGGACAACACCUGGACAACGCCUGGACAACACCUGGACAACACCUGGACAACACCUGGACAACACCUGGACAACACCUGGACAACGCCUGGACAACGCCUGGACAACACCUGGACAACACCUGGACAACGCCUAGACAGCCUCUGGAGGCUUGGAGUGCUGCCGCCGUCAGCCCAUUUUGCCCCAUCUUUAAGACCAAGCAGGUGGUUGGCACAGUGGUGGUUGGUAGUGGCAAUGGUGGUGGGAGUGCCAUGGGCGGUUGGCAGUGGCAGUGUCGUGUGGAGGGGCCAUGCAUGAGUUUGAGGGGGGACCCUUGAGGUUGUCUGAGAACUUGAACCCGGGCCGGACCGGGGCUGGUUGUGGCGGUGCACCACUGGCUGGCCAGCAGUGGUGUCACCAGGCGGGGGGAGAGGGCCCAACCAGCCCCUUAGAAGGGCACCCGGAUGUCUUGGGACCAGCAACUCUGACGGUUCACCCUCGCUCUCUGCAUGGGUGCAUGCCAGUCCGU